AAAUUACGCACGCAGGGUGGUUGUUUGUAAGCAAAAGCACACGGUACGUUCACACUGAUGAUGUCAGCCACAUGAAAUAAUUUAAAUAGCAAAGAAGAGUGUCGUGACAGCGUCAGGCAUCUGAUAUGUGGAGUCGCGAGGCUGAGAGCGAACAGCGCGCGGCGCUGGACAUGAGCCGCAGACUAUCCAUGGAGUUGCGCACGGGGAAAAAGGAACUUCAGUCCAGGGUUUUUGUGAAUCGGAGUUUGACCCUCGAGAACAUAACGUGCUAUGGCUUUGACAUGGAUUACACUUUGGCAAUGUACAAAUCUCCCGAGUAUGAAAGUCUUGGAUUUGAACUUCUCAGGGACAGACUUGUGUCAAUCGGCUACCCGCACGAGCUGCUGGGUUAUACGUACGACUCAACCUUCCCUACAAAAGGUCUGGUGUACGAUAACGAGUACGGUAACCUGUUGAAAAUAGACUCGAAUGGAAACAUCCUGGUGGCAACACAUGGAUUCGAGUACCUCAGAGGCACACAGAUCCAGCUAUAUUAUCCCAACAAGUUCAUCCAGAGAGACGACACCGACCGCUUUUACAUUCUCAACACCCGCUUCAACCUAUCAGAGACGUAUCUUUACGCAUGCCUUGUGGACUUUUUCACCAAAAAUGCCAGAUACAAAAACUGUGACAACGGGUUCAAACAUGGUGACCUGUUCAUGUCACACAGAAGCAUGUUUCAGGAUGUGAGGGAAGCCAUGGAUUACCUUCAUGACACUGGUUCUUUGAAGGAAAGAACUUUGAAGAACCUGGAUAAGUAUGUGAUUAAAGAUCCCCGCCUCCCCCUUCUGCUGAGUCGCAUCAAAGAGGUCGCCAAAGUUUUUCUGGCCACUAACAGUGACUUCAAUUACACAGAGGGUAUUAUGAAGUACUUGUUAGAUUCACCGGCUGGUUCCAAGAACCCCAAAACAUCCUGGCGUUCCUACUUUGACUUGGUGGUGGUGGACACAAGAAAGCCUUCAUUCUUUACAGAAGGGACAGUGUUACGACAAGUAGACACCGACACUGGUAAGCUGCGUAUAGGAACGUAUACUGGAGCUCUUCAACAUGGGACGGUGUAUUCUGGAGGAUCUUCUGAUAUCGUCUGUGACCUGUUGGAUGUUAGGGGGAAAAACAUCCUCUAUGUGGGUGAUCAUAUCGUUGGGGACAUCCUCAAGUCGAAGAAAUGUCAGGGCUGGAAGACAUUCUUGGUCGUUCCUGAACUUGCUAAGGAGUUGCAUGUGUGGGCAGACAAAAACAGUAUGUUUGAGGAGUUAAGACAUCUGGACAUUUUCCUUGCACAAUUAUAUCAGCAUUCGGACAGUGAGAGAGAGUGUCCAGAUAUCAGUGCCAUUCAGAAAAGGAUAAAGAUGGUGACAUAUGGCAUGGAUUUGUGCUAUGGAAAAAUGGGAAGUUUAUUUCGCUGUGGUUCCACAAAAACUCUCUUUGCCAGUCAGUUACUGCGCUAUGCAGAUAUAUACUCGAUCUCCUGCCUCAAUCUCCUAAACUACCCCUUCAGUUACCUCUUCAGGGCUCCCCUUGUCCUGUUGCCUCAUGAGGCCGCUGUGGACCCUCAGUCUAGGGAUCAGACCACAUCAGAGCUGUCAGCCAAUCACAUCAUUAAAACCCCACUCAGCAAGCAUCAAUGUGAAUGUAAUGAUGAUGGCAACUGUGGAAAAGAUGACUGUGUCUGAAAUAACCCUGCUGCACCGAUAGAGACGUAAAGACUCAAGGGGAUUUAUUUUAUUGCUGUAAAUAUGAACUUUGCUGUUUAUGUGUUUUUUUUUUUAUCUUUACUAUAUCCAUUCCUGCCUUAUUGUAUUAUUUAUACACAUUGCUUCUGUAUUCGAGUUUGAUUUGCAGUAAAGCUUUCAUUUUAAAUCUGGCAGAAAUGGAUUUGCCAAGUUUGUGUUGCCAUGUCUUUUAUAAAUCUAGAUAAAAUAUAUUUAAGUAAUCAUUUUGUAAGACUUUUAUAUGAACUUUCUGUGCAUUUGAUACAAUAUUUUGAUACAUAUUAUAUUUAAAAUGUUGCUUGUUGUUCAUGUGUUAAAAUUGGGAUACUGGGUCACUUCUGAAGUGUUUGGAUUUGUUCUCAUAUCUACUUAAAAGUAGCCUUAUAGUGACUGCACUAUAAUGUUGGAUACAGUAUUAUAAAUUUGGGCUUCAUACAGUGAAGUUCAAACCUGCCCAUAAGACUGAUUUAAUAUGGUUUCGUUUUUUGUAAGCUAAUUGAGAUGACGUAUUAAAGGACUUUAUUUUAAGCUA